CAUCGCACCACAUUCCCAUCGAUCUACCACCACUGAUAUUUGGGCGGAAAUCAAUCAUCAUGGCUAUCCCCAUCGCCAAACUCUCAUUCGCGAGGUAAGAUCGGACCCUCCAAUACAUAUUCCCCUCCAGCUUCUACUAGAUCGGUGACCUGGGUCAAUAACCUGGAUCAAUGGCCUGAAUCAACGAGCAUGGUCAAUUUUCGUACUAUCUACGGUACCAUAAAUAUACAAUCAAUAGAUUGACUAACACAAUAUUGGUAUCACAGAGACCUGGGCACUGAGGUGGUCACCAUCUAUGUCGGUAAAGAAAAGCAGCCAUUUGUCGUCCACAAGGCACUCCUCACCUCUGCUUGCGAGUACUUUGAGAAGGCUUUAAAUGGCAAGUUCAAAGAGGCAGAAGAGAAAAAGAUUCAAUUUGAUGAAGAGGAUCCUGCAACAAUUGAGCUUCUAAUUGCGUUCCUCUACUUGGGGGUGUUACCAGGAGUUCCGCAACCCUCCAAUAUUCCUCCGGGACUUUUUCCUACCCCAGGAACUGCGACCGCCCUUUCAAAUCAAGCACCCCCAAAAUCCGAUGGAACCUCUGUCCCCUUCAGGCCAAUUGAUGUGAUCGGUAUGUGGAAUUGUACUUGCGACCAUUGGACGAACCCUAACAGCUUGUCAUUUUUUCACUUCCAAAGCUUCGUUGAACCUCAUCACAUCAUUAUAUUAGUAUCAUGCUUGAAUUCUUUGAGAUUGCCACGCUAACCUUUGGAUUUCGAUCUUAGAACCCAAUACUCUCACACAGCAACUUUUAAAUCGCUUUCUACACAUUUGCUUCGACCGUACCUAUGAUACCUACUCCCCUGAAGAGCUUCGCUUAGCAGACUAUGAGCGCCACAGAAAGUAUGGAUCAGCAGCUGAGCUAACUCAACAAUGUCUACCCCCAUUACCACCAACUAGUAUGGCGGCUGCGAUGUCCAGACGAGCGGCAAGUCAUCCUACCACCACCCAAGGUAUGCAGUUCGGUCACCCUGCCUCGCAUAUGCCCGCUGGCAGUCAAGCAACCUCAUCUUCUGCAACUCUUGAUAGAAACGACGAUGUCCAUCCAUUUGCAAGCUUGUUUACGAAUCGACCCACGGUCACGUUUGGUACUGCCACGCCUCUCCCUAGGAAUGGUCCAGCCGCAUCAUGGUUUGGUACCCAUUCGUGGGGCAAUCCUUCGACACCACCCUCUCAAACACCCAACAACACGCCAGUUCAAUCUCCGUCCGCGUCGACUGCAGUGGAGGAUGCUCAAGGUUCUACAAGCGCUGUUGGCAGCUCUACGUCUGGUGAAAUGAGUGGUUUUGCCAAGUACGCAAGUGAUCAGUCUGGUCUUGUACAGUCUUCGUUGCAGAGCACAGGAUCGGUGUUCAGUCAUCAAACAUCUAUCGAAGAGCUUCGAAAAGCCAAGGAAAGUGAGCUUCGUGAGGCUACCUUUCGACUUAAUUCCAUGGUAAAGCCAAGUAUGUCGCCAAAAUCUUCAAGAAACUCGGAUCUCCGCCCAGGCGACUUUGGUUAUAAUCUGUACAUCAAGUACCCUGAACCUGGAGGAAACUUCCUUAAAGGUAUCCCUCGUUCCGAACCAAUUGUACCGGUUGGCGUAGAGGCGCUUGAGACAAACCAAGACGCUUUUCUUCAUCUUUGUAUCCUGGCAGAAACUAUUUGCUGGCCUAAGUUGUUCAAUGCUGCAAUUGAUGCCUACACUCAAGGUAAGCGACUCAUGAUCAAUUUCUUCUGAGAAAAUCAGAAGAGGGUUGCAAACCUUUCUGCCUCUCUUGCAAGUUUAAACCCGACACAAGCUAACCCCGAAACUUUCGACAGGAGAGCGCAAUCUUCGACGCAAUGUCCCAGUUGAGCACGUCGACACCAUCUACGAACGCACUCAUGCCAACUCUUCCCUUCGUAACUACGUUCUGGACUGCAUGCGAGGACUCAAGAAGGGUGAAAACAAGGAGUACGCAGCUCUGGUAUACGCUCACGAGGACUUUUUGGAGGGCAUCAUGUCUAAGUUGAGUACGGACGAUUCCGACGAUGAAGCAUCCCGCGACCGUCGUCGUCCCGUUCAGAAGAACUACCACAUGGUAAUCGACGAGGAUCCUUUCGUAUCAACCCGUCGCGAGUAAUCUUUCCCGACGAAGGGGGGAUGAAACAAACAAAUUGCUACCUAUCGACUUGUUGUCACUACAUGCUUGGCGAUUAUUUGGAUUGUUUCGAUAAUCCUUGGGUACGAACUUGGAAUAAUGCAUGCAUGAUGAAUAAUGAUAUGACGAAUUUCACGGACGGACAAAAUGUUUGUAUGUACAAUAUCGACUGUCCACAGCAGAGGAUCUUGAUAUUCGGAGUUUUUCGGGGAGUUUGUAAACGAGAUACCCGGUUUUUAUGUAAGAUAGUUCACACAGAGAACAUCACAAAAG